AUGUCGACAACGGACUUGCCGCCGCCUGAGACGCCUCUCGAAGAUGCGACAGCCGCAGCUGGGAAACCGCAGGCAUCAAGCCCACUUCGGUCACGCCCUGUCUCCUUGUCCCUAGAGCCUCACAAUGUCUUCCUGUUCCUGAUCGGAUUUCGGCUGCUCAAUGGCUUGACGUUACAGACGUUCUUCCAGCCCGACGAGUACUUUCAGGCUUUAGAGCCAGCAUGGCAAUUGGCUUUUGGAAAAGAGGGUGGGGCAUGGAUAACUUGGGAGUGGAAAAGCUGUCUACGAUCUGCCCUGCACCCUACUCUUUUCUCCUUAUCUUACCAAGUCGCAAGUGCGGUUGCUGGGCUUCUGAAGCUUGAUACUCAUGGUAGUUCUGAGCUGCUGCUGGCUGCUCCAAAGAUCUUACCGGCUGUCUUUGCGGCAGUAGGCGACUACUAUACAUGGAAAUUUGCAUCAUACAUCUAUGGAGUGGACUCUGUUCCGUCUGCAACGGUGCUUCUCCUUACCAUUGCCAGCCCCUGGCAAUGGUUCGUUUCGACGCGAACGUUCUCCAAUUGCCUUGAAACAACGUUGACAGUCGUCGCACUCUAUAAUUGGCCGUGGAAUUGGUCAUUGCCACUCAAGGAGACUGGCCGUACAAAAGUCAAAUUUGGGGUCAAAUUUGAUAUACAACCUCUUCGCACUCACGAUGAUGUUGGACAAAAUGGAGAGAACACAGAUGAGGUGACAAGGCUCAGAAGGGCUCUCCUCUGCGCCGCUGUUGCGACGAUUCUAAGACCCACCAAUAUACUUGUGUGGGUGACUCUCACAUACCUCACAUUCAUUCGAGGAUGGAUAUCAAUAAAUCCGAGCUGGACUGAAUGUACAGUAUUCGUCAGAGAGACAAUUCUGUGCGGAAGUAUCAUUCUUUUCUUUUCGACGAUACUCGAUCGAAUAUACUACGAUACAUGGGUUUUUCCACCUGUCAACUUCCUCCAUGUCAAUGUGGUGCAAUCGUUGGCGACUUUUUACGGCAUUAAUGACUGGCAUUACUAUUUCUCCCAAGGAUACCCUCUCCUCCUCACCACCGCAUUACCAUUUACUAUAAUGGGUCUUUAUCGCAUAUUAGGCUCAAAACAUUUAUCUAUUGAGGCAAGUGCGGCCGGUCGUAACUCGUUACGUUCAUUGUCCAUCCUAAGCCUCCUUGUCCCAGCCGCCUUUUCCAAUAUCGCUCACAAAGAAGUCCGCUUCAUCUAUCCUCUCCUGCCAGCUCUUCACAUAAUCACCGCAUUCCCCCUGGCUUCUUUCUUCGAGCCGUCGAAUCUACGGUCUUCAUCGUCUCGACUCUCCAAAAAGCUACUACUUUUACUACUUCUGAUCGUGAAUCUAUCAAUAUCAUAUUAUACAACUCAAAUCCACAACUCCGGUAUUAUGCACCUCACUCACUACCUUCGCCACGAAUUCGAAACUGCCUAUCUCCCUUCUCUCCUUCCUACAAACAUGACUGUCGGCAUAUUCAUGCCCUGUCACUCAACUCCCUGGCGCUCACACAUCCAAUACCCUCCCUCAUCCACACACCCCGGCAUCCGAGCGUGGGCCUUGACAUGUGAACCACCACUGAAUCUCAACGCGACCGGGAAAUCCAAUUACCUCGAUGAAGCCGACAUGUUCUACGCCGACCCUUCGACCUGGCUGAGAAAGAACAUGUCAUACAAACCUCCACAGCGAAAAGACGGGACUCGCACCACAGGCUCCGCUGCCGGCGUCUUUACACCAGACUACCGUUCCAAGCUCGCCGUCAACAUCAACACAGCAACUCUUGACUUGGAACGUGAAGAGCGCUUCUGGGCCACUGGUCAAGGCCGUCGUCCCUGGCCAGACUACCUUGUCUUCUUUGCGCAGCUGGAACCGACGCUCCAAUCCGCCCUGCGUGGCAGCGGGUAUCUCGAAUGUAAACGCCUUUUCAAUAGCCAUUGGCACGAUGACUGGCGACGCGCCGGUGAUGUCGUGGUCUGGUGCCUCGACGCCAGCAGGCGGGAGAAACCACCUAUCCCAAUCGAGCAAGGAAGAGAAGCCAUUCAUGAACCAUUUUUCAGUACUGAAGAGCGGGCCAACCGGAAGAUCUUGGCUAUCAAGGACUAA